AUGGCCAGCUCCUCGGACAGUGAUGAUGAUGGUUUCAUGGCUGUGGAUCCAGAAGACACUGUGGUGGAAGGGAUGAUGGAGCAAGACGAUGAGCCACACGCUGAGCUGGAGGUUGAGGAAACCAGGCAUAACAGAUCAAUGUUGGAGCUGCCAGAAGAGGUUUUGGAAUAUAUCCUCUCCUUCCUUUCACCCUAUCAAGAGCACAAAACUGCUGCCCUUGUCUGCAAACAGUGGUAUCGACUAAUCAAAGGUGUGGCCCAUCAGUGCUAUCAUGGCUUCAUCAAGGCAGUGCAAGAAGGAAAUAUUCAGUGGGAGAGUCGCACUUACCCCUACCCCGGCACCCCCAUCACACAACGCUUCUCACACAGUGCAUGUUACUAUGAUGCCAAUCAGUCGAUGUAUGUGUUCGGGGGCUGCACACAGAGCAGCUGUAAUGCUGCCUUCAACGACCUCUGGAGACUCGACCUCAACAGCAAGGAGUGGAUACGGCCCCUGGCAUCAGGUUCAUACCCCUCACCUAAGGCUGGGGCCACGCUGGUGGUCUACAAGGACUUGCUGGUGCUUUUUGGUGGGUGGACACGGCCAAGCCCUUACCCUCUGCACCAGCCAGAGAGGUUCUUCGAUGAAAUCCACACAUACUCACCCUCCAAAAACUGGUGGAACUGCAUCGUGACCACCCAUGGCCCCCCUCCCAUGGCAGGACACUCCUCCUGUGUCAUUGAAGACAAAAUGAUUGUUUUUGGGGGCUCACUUGGAUCUCGACAGAUGAGUAAUGAUGUCUGGGUGCUGGAUCUGGAGCAGUGGGCUUGGUCCAAGCCCAACAUCUCUGGGCCCAGCCCUCACCCACGUGGUGGCCAGUCUCAGAUCGUGAUAGACAAUGAAACCAUUUUAAUCCUUGGCGGCUGCGGUGGUCCCAAUGCAUUGUUCAAAGACGCCUGGUUGCUGCACAUGCAGGCCAACCCCUGGGCCUGGCAGCCACUCAAGGUGGAGAACGAAGACCAUGGAGCCCCAGAACUGUGGUGCCAUCCUGCCUGCAGGGUGGGACAGUGCGUUGUGGUCUUCAGCCAAGCUCCCAGCGGAAGAGCCCCGCUGAGUCCCAGCUUGAACUCCCGCCCCUCUCCCAUCAGCGCCACACCACCUGCCCUGGUCCCUGAAACCCGGGAGUACCGCUCACAGUCUCCCGUCAGGAACACAGACGAAGCUCCCUGCGUCAAUGGCCGCUGGGGCACCCUGCGGCCCCGAGCACAGAGGCAGACCCCGUCGGGAUCCAGGGAAGGGAGUCUCUCCCCAGCCAGAGGGGACAGUUCCCCUGUUCUCAACGGCGGGAGCUUAUCCCCUGGAGCCACUGCGGCUGGUGGAGCCUCCCUGGACAGCCCCGUGCAGGUCCUGUCGCCCAGCACCCCUUCUGGCACAGAAGGAUACGACCUCAAGGUGGGACUUGCCCUGGCACCGCGGCGGGGAUCACUGCCGGAGCAGAAGGACCUCCGUUUGGGAUCCGUCGACCUGAGCUGGGAGCAGAAACCGACUUCCCUCCUCUGCCAGCUGGAAGGUGUGGAUGGCAGGACAGUGAGAAACCCCCCAGAGCAAACCAAUGGCAUCCACACGCCACCCCACGUCGCCAGCUCCCUGCCAGGGGCUGUGUCCCCCAGCGCACUCCGCAGGAGCUUAGAGGCCGUCAAAGCCCUCUCCUCCAAAGUCACCUCAGCCUCUGCAGCACUGAGCCCUCCCAUGGCUUCAUCCCCAGGGUCUCCGGGUGCUGAGCCAAGCUUGGCAGCACGGCCGGGCUCUGCCCAAGGCGACAGCCAUUCCCUCCCGCCCAUUGCUCGCCGCCUGGGCCACCACCCGCCCCAGUCCCUCAAUGUGGGGAAGCCACUGUACCAGAGCAUGAACUGCAAGCCCAUGCAGAUGUACGUGCUGGACAUUAAGGACACCAAGGAACAAGGACGAGUCAAAUGGAAAGUGUUCAACAGCAGCUCAGUGGUAGGACCACCCGAGACCAGUUUACACACAGUGGUACAAGGCAGAGGGGAGCUGAUCAUAUUUGGUGGCCUCAUGGACAAGAAACAAAAUGUCAAAUAUUAUCCCAAAACAAAUGCCUUGUACUUUGUGCGAGCAAAGAGAUAA